UUCUCUCAACAUAUGGUAGUGAAAGAGCUGCGGGAAAUGUGUCAAUUUACAGAGGUGACUGUGAUUAUUUUGCUGUGACGAAAACUAGCGAGAGACAGAACAAUGUAAGAGUGAACUUAUGAACACGCGUCGACAUAGAUCAAUAAUGGCCGAGGAGACGAGAAGCCAGUGAUAAAAAGAUGGGGAAACAGGAGAAUGUGCAACAGGUUAUGAAGGAUUCUGAGAAGGAGAGUCUGGGAUGGCUGUGGGACACGCUACAGGCUGUGCUGUGCUGGCGUGAAGGUCAUAGUUGCUGCUGCUGCUGUUGUUGCUGCUGCUGUGCUGAAGAAGAGCCCUCACACACCCGCAAGGCUGACAUCCAGUAUAUCCUACAGAAACCGGAUGAGCCGUCAAGUGACACGACCUCCUUGGUAUUAUCCCUUCGUCAGCAUGGAGACCUGAGCGACAGUGAGUCAGUGUCCACAACGUCCUUACUCCGUCACCAGUCUAACUCCUCAUCUCCCUCCUCUUCCGUCUCUUCCGUCAAGGACCUAAAAUCAGAUAUCUAUCACCAGAUUGAGCUGCGACGGUCCAAUUCGGUGUCUUCGCGUCAGCUGCCAGUCAUAGAUGUGCGCCCCAUAGAGUUCUGGUCAGGUGUGAGAGGUGAAGGUGUGCAGCCUCGCCUCACAGGUCCUCCCAGGUCACCCGUGGCUCCCAGGUCUCCUCGAUGGUCUACUAAAGCAGUUGAUUAUGAAGCUCUAACGAAGAUCCGACCCCACCUGUACGCCUCGACCUCCUCCUCGCUCGAAGAUGGCCCUGACGAUGACUUGUUGGGAAGGAUCCAUUUUUCCCUCCACUAUGAUGCUUCCGCUGCCGUACUUCUGGUUAAGGUGUUGGAAGCAGUUGAUAUUCCAAGACCAGCGUGUAAGGACCGCAGCGACUUGGCUCACUCAAACCCCUAUGUUAAGGUUUCACUCCUUCCUGACAACAAAAACUCGAGACAGACAACAGUGAAGAAGAAAACCCAGGAGCCAGUGUUUGAGGAAACUUUCUCCUUUGAGCUGCCGUACAAGGAAGUCAUUCGUCGGACUCUGGAACUGAAGGUGAAAGAUUUUGACAAGUUUUCUCGACACUGUGUUGUAGGUCACGUCCUCCUGCCUCUACAGAACGUUAACUUGGCCAGACCUUCACGUCUCUGGAGGCCGCUAGCUCGGUGUAGUCCGGAGACGGAGGAGUUUGGGGAGCUGCUUCUCUCACUUAACUACCUGCCCACUGCUGGUCGCCUUAACGUCGAUAUUAUCAAGGCCAAGCAAAUCCUUCAGACAAGUUUAGUUCGAGGAGCAGAUCCGUACGUGCGUGUGUCUCUGGUGGUCCGUGGUCGCCACCUUAAAUCCAAGAAAACAAGCGUUAAGAAGAACACGCUCACCCCUUCGUUCAAUGAGUCGUUCAGCUUCCAGAUCGCGUCCCCUGAGCUGCGUGAGGCAUCUCUAGUGGUGACCGUGUGGGACUGGAAUGGCGGAGUGAUGAGAGAUGAAUUUAUAGGCAGGAUUGUCCUUGGUAAACAACCAUCAGGUCCUCACGAGAUCACUCACUGGAGCAAUAUGGUGGGGUCACAGAGACACGCGGUGGCACAGUGGCAUUCCGUACAUUCCCGCCAACAGUGUGAUGAGGUGUCGUCUGCGUCCCGCUGUGUGCCGUGAACAACGUCUCAUACUUCAUCCUGGUUUUCGACAACUAAGAUAAGCUGUGCUCAAGGGCCGUAAGAGUUGGUGUGUUGGAUUAUGUGUCUUUAACCUUUUGGAGACGUCAUGAGUUGGCAGAAUUAUGUGCACGAUAUAUUAACACAGGUUAUGACAACGCUGUGAACAUUAGUAGUUGCCCAAGAAGGCAGUCUUAUAUGUACAACCUUUAUAAGUAACGUUGUUCUCUUGUUUUCUGUACACAUCUACACCAUAAGUUAUUCCUUACCAGCUUUUGUUGAUAGUUUGGAGGACAGUACAGUAGUUACAAUGUUUUGGUCACUAUCUCUGUACUGUACUGUUCAUUAUUAGGUUAAAAAAAGCCUCCUGUCCUUCACAACAGUUAAGCUGGAAACUGUUUAUUGCAGUUUAGUUAUUUAUUGUAGUAAAGUUCCCGAGACUAUUAGUACAUGUGCCAUUGUUUGGGAUCUGAUCACAGUUAAACGCUGAGAAUUGACUCAGACUCGACCACCAAGUCAAAAUACUUCCUACCGAGUUUCAUAUUGUCAUCAUUAACACUAUUUCUCAGUUCUCAUAUCAUAUUUUAUUGUUCUUGCUGACUGGCACUGUCUCUUGUGUUCACUGACUGGCACUGUCUCUUGUGUUCACUGACUGGCACUGUCUCUUGUGUUCACUGACUGGCACUGUC